AUGCACUGGAAUGCGUCCAGUGAUAGCCACUACGAUGCUCCGAUCAGCCGUCAGCUCACGCGCAAUGGCAGCCACUACUUCGGAAGCACCUGGAGCCUGCCUUUGUCUCAGAUGCGCGAGUACUCUCCGGCCGAUCAUCACGACUCGGAUGGAGAGGACGACGGCGGAACAAUUUCGGAGGCUUCCGAGGACUCAGACACCAGCCAGGACGAGAUCAGCUGCACAUCUGCCUUCUGCCGUGAGCCGGACAAGGGCGAGCUGAGCUGGGAGCAGGUGGUUCAGCAAGAGAGAUGGCUGAUAAAGCGCAAGCGAGCAUGCCUGAAGCCCGAUCGGGACCAGGCUCCCUUUUCCAUUGCUUUCUCCGGUGGAGGCGUGCGCGCGGCGGCCUUUCAGGCCGGAGUGCUUUGGCGCUUGGCAGAGGCUGGCAAAAUGCAGAGCGUGGAGCACUUCGUGGCUGUGUCAGGGGGCGCCUAUGUGGCCUCGGCCUUUGCCUCUACGCUGACGGCAGAAACCCCGAAGCCGCAGGACCGGAACGAAGUCACGAGCUUCUAUCUUCGCUGUGCGGCGAAGACAAUCUGUCGGAUGCAGCGGAAUGUUAGCUAUUUGGUGCGCGACCUUCGGCGAGGCAAGCUUUGGCAAAGCGACGACGACGGGUCGAGCCGCGUGCCUCCCAUCUUAGACCUCCCGCUGCUGGCGAUCAUGGGGAUUUUCUCCAUGCUGAUCAAUCCGCUGACAGCCUUUGCUAUCUACUUGUUUCCCUUCACCGAAGGUAUCGACCUCUUCGAGGGGUUUGGGAUGAAGGCUGCCUUCUGCGUUCCCGCCCGUGAUAUGGCUAUACCGAUCUUCAGCAUUUGGGGGCCAUCCUCUCGCUCCUUGAUGUUCCUGAUCAUUUGUGUCCUUUCGGGCUUUGCUUUGUGGCUCUUCUCCGCAUUCCGAGUCUGCAAUGUUUGGAGGCAUCCCGCCGGAGAGGUGCCUCGGAUUGCCCAGAUCAUGCUCAGCCUUCGAGCCGUGAUCGUCCGUGCGUCUGUGAUUCAGAUGGUGAUCUGGGUGCUUAUCACAGGAGCCUUCCUUGCUGAGCUGGGCACCAUGCCCGCUAGCGAUCGCUUCGACGCAUGCUCGACGUACAUCCGAAGCCGAACUGUUUUCCAAGACGGUUCGGUCUUCUUCAACUGCACCUGCCGGGACCUGUAUGCAGGGUAUCCCUGGUGGACGUCGUCAUACUUCGUCGGAGACUAUUUCACGCAGCCCGAGCAGCAGAUCAUCAACGCCACCAUGCCGGGUUUACCUACGUGGAGGCACAUGUUGCUGAAAGAGGCGGACUUGGGCACAGAGCUGAGGACAGUUCAACUCCUCCUGAGGGUCAACUCACUUCUGCAUGACAGCCUCAAACGUGUGUCCAAUGCACUGGGAAAACCCUCCAUCGGGCCACUGAUCGUUGCGGCUUUGAUAUUGGCUCUUGUCCUCAAUCCGUUUAUCCGCGGCAUCUUUCUUCGAGCAAUGUCCCUUUUGGGCCCGGUGAGCGCUUUGCUAGCGACCGGCUGCGUGGUCCAGCAUCGGAUUUUUUCGCCCAUCACGCAGCGGACCUACUUUUUUGGCCUCAUUGGUCCACCACAUGACUGGUACGUCGGUUUUGGCAUUGCCACGUUCAUCUGCGCUAUCGUCAUCGUUCUCUUCUAUCACCACCUGCAUUCCGUGUCGCACACCUUCUAUGCACGGAGUCUCCAGAAGGCAUACUUCGAGCAUGGCAAGGACCAGACGUGGUCCGAUGUCAAGAACAACGACUACUGCCCACUCUUCCUUUUCACUGGUACGGUGACGGAUUUUCGUCAACCCGGAGACGAGAUGGCGAUUACAGAGAUCUCCAUGAGCCCACUUCAUACCGGCAGCGACAAGACGGGCUUUGUCGACACACCGCCCUGGCGGAGCCUCGCAAAGUCUGCAGCUUUGGCGGCAGCCGCCACCGAUGCCUUUAUCAUCGGCAUGUUGGAUCGCGCACGGUAUCGCUUUUGGCUGGAGUUUCUGAACCUCCGCAUGGGUGACUACAUCCUCUUCGAACGCCGACCUCUGAAGCUCGUCGCGAGGAUCAGCCGCUGGAGGUGCAUCUCUGACAAGCCGUUUUUCCUUUACGGGACGGUGCCCAUCAUCUUGCAGACCGUUGCUUUGGUGGCAGCAAUGGCGAGCUUCUUACUGGCCUGUAGCAGUGUUCGCACCGACGACCGUCAGUGCGCACAGGCGCGACAGUGGUACUUGGUCUGGGCUGGGAUUCUGGGAGGCUCUCUGAUCUUGAGCUUCUUCGCUGGCAACGGCAUGCUGGAGAUGUUCCUGCACUCUCCGGCCAUCCGCCAUCUUCACAUGGCACUGCGGUAUUACCACACGGCCGAGAAGGCCCCUAGCCUUGUCUACGUUACGGACGGGGGCGUCCAGGAUUGCACCGGUGUCCUGCAGCUUCUACGGCGUCGGACUGCACAGAUCCUGUUGGCCUUGGCCGCGUCGGAUCCUGACGAUGAGCUAUCCGUGUUAAGGGAGACCAUGCAGUUGGCUGUAGCGCACGGUUAUGCGUCCUUCUAUGAUCCUCUCGACCCGCGACGUGAUCCCACUUUUGUCCUGGAAGAUUUCAAGCUCAACCUGGAGCAAAAGCAUUUCGUUCUGGGCAUUCGCUAUCCUCCCCACACACGGGGCGUCGACUACGGUGCGAAGCUGACGGGCCGCCUCGUGGUGGUGAAGAACCGUUUGCCGCCUUCCCUCGAAGACCUUCAGCCCGAGAAGCUGUUGACAGAGGAGGAGAUCUUCGUUCGCCGGAAUUCGGGACGGCCCUUGUCUCCCCGCUGGAAGGCUGGGAAGUAUUUUUCAAUCUUGGUUGGGGGGGGCGGGCUGUCAGCUACAGACGCGGAAGAGUUCGGAUUGCAGGCCUCGGCUACAAGGGCAUGCCUAAAGGGCCCAAAGGGACAGAGGGGGCAAGUGCAGACAGAAAGACCUUCGGCGUGGAGCAUCCAUCGCUGA